AUGAAUACGCAGGGUACCGACCGGACAAGGUCUGCGCUCAUUCUCUAUGGCACUGAGACCGGCAACGCGCAGGAGGUGGCCGAGGAAUUGGGUGCCUUGACAGAGCGCCUGCGUUUCGCGACGCAUGUUUCCGAGCUGAAUCAGUCGCAACCGGAUGCCCUUUCCUCGUAUACACUCAUCAUCUUCGUUGUUUCCACAACCGGGCAAGGCGAUCUACCGGCUAAUGCGCGGACGUUCUGGAAGUCGCUACUGCGCAAAAAGCUUCCGCCGACAUACUUGAAUGGUGUCAAUUUUGCAACAUUUGGAUUAGGAGAUAGUUCAUACCCGAAGUUCAAUUGGGCAGCACGGAAGCUCUACAAGCGAUUGCUACAGCUAGGAGCAAAUGAUAUUUACCCGACAGGUGAAGCAGAUCAACAACAUCCUGAAGGGUUUCGAUGUCGCAGGCUCGAGGGCACCUUUAUACCAUGGAUGACAGACUUCCGGAAGCACUUGAUGGAUAGGCAUCCUCUGGCCCCUGGUCAACACCCUAUUCCCGACGAUGUUCAGCUCCCGCCAAAGUGGAUUUUGCAACACGACGGUGAAAGUCAACCCCUAGUUUCUGAACACGAGACACGCGCAAGCAAUCCCACUGACGCAGAUGAAUAUCCUGGCUUGACGCAUCUGGAUCACGAUCUUCGCUCUCUGCCAGAUACUCUGACUGCGACAUUGGUUGAAAAUCGCCGUGUCACUCCACGAAAUCAUUGGCAGGAUGUCCGUCGAAUCACUAUCAUCGUGCCGGAAUCCGUCUCCUAUGUACCCGGCGACAUGAUCGCCAUCACCCCCAAAACAUCUCCACAGGAUGUUCAAACUCUUAUUAACCUGAUGGGCUGGAGCGAGCAGGCAGAUAAACCGAUUGCUCUUGUUCCAACGGGCGACAUUCUUGCUCCGUCUCCCAUACCUGGACUGGAGUCCUAUCCGAACCUGACCCUGCGCUCCCUGCUCAUAGACUAUCUCGACGUGAAAGCGAUUCCUCGUCGAUCUUUCUUUUCCACUAUUGCCCAUUAUACAGAUGAUACCAUGCACAAAGAGCGACUUCUAGAGUUCACAAACCCUGAAUAUCUCGAUGAAUUGUGGGACUACACAACUCGGCCACGACGCAGUAUUCUCGAGGUACUGCACGAGUUCGAUUCAGUCAAGAUUCCCUGGCAGCAUGCCGUCUCUGUCCUCCCCGUCAUUCGAGCACGACAGUUCAGCAUUGCUAGUGGCGGGGAGCGCAAGCGGACUGCCGAUGGAGCGACACAGUUUGAGCUCCUCAUCGCCAUUGUGAAGUACCAAACGGUCAUCAAAAGGAUCCGCGAAGGCGUUUGUACCAAGUACCUCUCCAUACUACGACCGGGGAGUACACUCCGAGUUCAAUUGCAACCUGGUGGACUCAACUCAUCAGUUCCGCAGCUGACUGCCUCAACGGUGCUCAUCGGGCCGGGCACUGGAAUCGCACCACUCCGCUCCAUGCUUUGGGAGAAGGCUGCGCUGGUUCAGGCCUUCCGCGAGCAAAACCCAGACGUUGAGCCCCCAAUCGGGCCCACAGUCCUACUGUAUGGUGGUCGCAACCGCACCGCAGAUUUCUUUUUCGAAGAAGAAUGGGAGCAUCUGCGUAAACUCAUCCCUUUACAGGUGCUCACCGCGUUCUCACGCGACCAACAACAAAAGGUCUACGUGCAGGAUACGAUUCGUCAGAACUUGAAGCUUUUCUUCCGUCUUCUCCAUGACAUGCAAGGCUCGGUGUACAUCUGUGGCUCAUCCGGACGGAUGCCACAGGCUGUGCGCGAGGCGCUUAUUGAGGCGUUCGCGCAAGGCGGGGCGCCAACAACCGGCCGGCCGUAUACUCGGGCACAGGCAGAGGAGUACUUGAUUGGCAUGGAAAAGAGUGGAAGGUACAAGCAGGAGACCUGGUAG